CUAACGAGAAUUUUCCAAGUGCACUAAGAUUGUUUUUUUUUGGAUUGCCGGCAAGAUAAUUAAGUGUAGACGUUAUCUAUUGCAAAGAAAGUAUUCAGGGCUAGAGAAAUAUGUCUUCAGCGUCCACAACCACAACCUCUAGCCCAACAGACAGCAGUGCCAAUGGUUCAUAUAGUGCAGCUCCUGUUGCAGCUGUAACAAACACAAAUACGCAAAAAGCGUCAUUUACCCUCUUUGAGAAGUUAAGCUUUUCGAUUUUCCGUUACUCCAGCUAUUCGCCCAACUAUUUGCCCGAAAAUGUGCUCGUUGAUUGUCCCAACGAUCAAACCUCUCGUUGGUCUGCCUAUACAAAUAGCCCACCACAGUAUCUAACAUUGAAGCUUAAGCGUCCCGCCAUUGUCAAGAAGAUCAAAUUUGGCAAGUUCGAGAAAUCUCAUGUCUGCAAUAUAAAGAAAUUUCGUGUUUUUGGUGGUCUGGAGGAUGAGCAUAUGGUGCUGCUGUUAGAAGGUGGCUUAAAGAAUGAUAACAUACCUGAAGUGUUCAAUCUCCGGUGUAUGACUGAGGAUGGUACUGAAAAUCUACCCAUACUUUAUUUAAAAAUUGUGCCAUUAUUGUCGUGGGGUCCGUCGUUUAACUUUAGCAUCUGGUACAUAGAACUGCAUGGACAAGAUGAUCCCAUGUACACCUGUGCACGCAUGAAGAGCUACAAUUCGUUGCGUGAAGUUGAGAUUAUUAAGCUUUGCCUAAAGCACUUUCGUCAGCAAGGGUACAUGAAAGCUUUUGACGCCUUGCAGGAGCAAACCCAAGUGCGAUUGGAGCAUACACUAAUUAGCGAGCUUCACAAAUAUUUGGUUGUAGACGGUGAUUUUGAAGGCGCUGAGCGCUUCAUAGCUGACUGCAUUGAUGAAGGACUAAUGGAUGAUUAUUUGAACAAAAAGGACUACAAGCACACUUGGCAAAUUAAGUAUACAUUGAGUGAUGUAAAGCCAGGCAAUCGCGGUGGUCACCAGCUCGUGGUCGAUGCCAAAAAGCGUCUUAUUUACUUGUAUGGCGGCUGGGAUGGCUAUCAGGAUCUUAGUGAUUUAUGGCUGUAUAACAUAGAGCUGGAUGAGUGGACGCUACUUUGUGAACGCUCGGAACUAGUCAACGGACCCACUCCACGCUCGUGUCAUAAAAUGAUAUUCGAUCCGGUUAGCGAGAAUAUUUUUAUGCUGGGCCGUUAUUUAGAUAAUUCUAUACGCACCAGCGAGUAUAUCAAGAGUGAUUUCUAUUUGUACGAUACGCGUGCACGAAUUUGGAUGCAGAUAUGUGAUGAUACGAGCCAAGUGGGUGGACCGCAGCUUGUUUACGAUCAUCAAAUGUGCAUGGACACUGAUAAACGUACGAUUUAUGUUUUCGGCGGCAAGAUACUGACGCCUCGCAGCAGCACGGCCACAUCUGCUAUUGAGGCGGAAUACUCUGGCCUCUUCUCGUAUCAUAUUGCCACCAAUACGUGGACACAGAUACUCGUGGACUGUCAUCAUGCAAGCGCUUCCCAAGCAGAUGUUAUGUCUAUUAAGUCACGCAUUACGCACUGCAUGGUUUUUCAUACUAAACAACGUAAACUUUACAUAUAUGGCGGUCAACGUGGCAAGGAAGACCUUGAUGAGCUGCUCACCUAUGAUGUGGACACACAAGCUAUAUCUAUAUUGAACAAAGAGCAUUCUCAUCAAUGCAGCACAGCCAGCACAGAGGCUAAAUUCGAGCCAUCCCCGGGCUAUACACUACGCGCCACUAUCGAUUGCGAUCGUGAUGAAAUUUAUGUGUUUUCGAGCUUACACAAAAUAAAGGAUCGUCGCGAUGUGCAUCAUAUUGAUGCGUCAAACUCAUUUUGGGUUUAUUCCUUGCGCACUUAUAAGUGGUCACGCAUCUAUUACCGUCGCCACAGCGCACAGGAUGUGAGCUCGAUUUACAAGGCAAACUUUCUAGGUGCCAGCAAAGGUGAUGGUGCACUGGAGCCUUGUCCACGCUAUGCACACCAGCUGGUCUAUGAUGAGGUGGCCAAAACGCAUUAUCUUUUUGGCGGAAAUCCAGGCAUAUCCCAAUACCAACAGCUACGGUUGGAUGACUUUUGGAUGCUCUAUUUGGAAAAGCCCAAGCGUGAAGAGAUAUUAAAUCACUGUCGGUAUUUAAUACGCAAGCUGCACUAUGAAGAAAUGACUGGCACUGAGCCUUUGAAAGCCAUGCAGUAUCUGAGAAAACAAAUAUCGGCUGUCAUUGAUCACAACGAUGAUGAGCAAUUGAAUAAUUUUCAUAAAUUGGCUGCUCUGCUGUUUAAGUCCGAUGAUAACGAUGCAUCCGAUGUCCAGUCUCUAACCACAACGCCUUUGCGCGAAAAAGCUGAAGAGAUUAAUGAAAACGCCAUAGAAACUCCAAAUGCAGAAGACACCCACCUCGGCUCGGAUGACGGCAAGCUUGAGUCAAAUGAAAGCCUUACUACAUCUGGCAUAUCCGAGACCGCAUCCACUCCCAAUGAUUCGUCGUGCACCAAGCGCGCGCGUACCGAUGCCAAAGGCGAGCUGCAAAACCAUCGAGCUUUCCUCUUUAACAAGCUGGUGCAACUGAUGCCGUCAGGCAUGGUUCAGCCAGAGCGUAACCUAAGCGACUUUGUCGUCAUAUGAGAUAUACAAUUCAUGAUUUGAUAUUUUCCUUGGCCAUUAUAUAUUACUCGUAAGCUCGUGAAUUGAUAUGUCACGUAUUUGUUAUUAUUAUUUGGAAAGGUUUUAUUAACAAUGUUCUAAACGCUGAAUGCGGUUGUGAUACUCAGUUUAUUAUUUGUUAAUUUUAAAGACAGAUUGUCGCUAUACUUAUUUUUGGUCAGGUUCAUUAUAUGGCAACCAUCAGCAAGACAAAGAUGUUUUUUAUGUGAUAGUUAAGUUGUACUAAAAGUAACUCAUGUUGAACUUUGUGAAGCGUGAAUUAUAUAUUCUUACUGUUUAACUAUAAGUUUGGAAAUAAAGUAUUUUCUACACGUGCUU